AGUAGAAGAAGAAAGCGGAUACGUCACAUGUAGAGACGCAACCAGCAGCAGCUGCUUCACCACUAAUCACACAUUAACAUAAACUAGCUACUGAAAGCUAACGUGGAUAGUCAGUUCUUUUAGAUUUUUCAUACGUUCGGAAUUACACAUCUGAAAGGAAGAAACGCCAAAUUCACAUACAGUGUAAAACGGAAAACAACAUUUCUGUCGUACACAGUUACCUUGGCCUCUUCUUGCACCCAGCUGGCAGGGUAAUUUGGUAAGGUAGCGAAGCUCUGUUUGGGCUAGCGUCAGGCUAGCCAGCUAGCUAGCUAGCUACUAACAUCGCCGACGGUAGUUAGCUAGCUAGCGAGCUGUAGUAACUUGCGUCAUGGAGGAGCUAGUCGUGGAAGUAAGGGGGACGAGUGGGGCCUUUUAUAAGGCUUCUGUGAAGGAUGUUCAUGAGGGAUCUGUCACUGUGGCAUUUGAAAACAACUGGCAGCCGGAGCGUCAGAUCCCGUUCCAGGAUGUCCGUUUUCCUCCUCCAACAGGCCUCUGCAAAGACAUCAAUGAAAGUGACGAAGUUGAGGUAUAUUCAAGGGCUAACGACAAGGAGCCGUGUGGCUGGUGGCUGGCAAAGGUUCGCAUGGUCAAAGGAGAGUUUUAUGUAAUAGAGUACGCUGCGUGCGACGCAACAUUAAACGAGAUAGUGACACUGGAGCGGUUACGACCAGUCAACCCGAAUAAACCAGCCACCAAAAGCACCUUCAUUAAGAUCAGACUGGAUGUACCUGAAGAUCUACGACAGAUGUGCUCCAAGGAGUCUGCACACAAAGACUUUAAAAAGGCCGUCGGAGCAUUCAGCAUCACCUACGACUCGGAGAAAAAGCAGCUGGUCAUUUUGUCGGUGAACGAGGUCACAACAAAGCGGGCUAAUAUGAUGAGCGACAUGCACUUCAGGAGCCUCCGAACUAAACUGUCGCUCAUGCUGCGCAACGAAGAGGCCAACAGGCAGCUGGAGAGUUCCAGACAGCUCGCAUCACGUUUUCACGAACAGUUUGUGGUUCGGGAUGAUUUAAUGGGUCUGGCCAUCGGGACUCACGGGGUGAACAUUCAGCAAGCGCGUAAAGUUCCUGGAGUCACCAACAUCGACUUGGACGAAGAGACAUGCACCUUCCACAUAUAUGGAGAGGACCAGGAGGCUGUCCGUAUAGCCAGAAGUUUCUUGGAGUUUUCUGAAGACGUCAUCAAAGUUCCCCGGAACUUAGUAGGAAAAGUGAUCGGCAAGAAUGGCAAACUGAUCCAGGAAGUGGUUGAUAAAUCUGGUGUGGUGAGGGUUCGUAUUGAGCCUGAAAACGACAAAAAACCCUCAGCAGCAGCAGCAGCAGCUGCAGACGAGGGGAUGGUGCCAUUUGUGUUUGUGGGGACGAAGGAAAGCAUCACCAAUGCAAUGGUACUGCUGGACUAUCACCUCAACUACCUUAAGGAGGUGGAUCAGUUGCGUCUGGAGCGUCUUCAGAUUGACGAGCAGCUGAGACAGAUAGGAGGUGGAGGUGGAGGUGGAGGAGGGGGCGCUGGACCCCGAAACCCAAAAGACAAAGCAUAUGUGUUCGAUAACGGCAUGGGGCUGGGCAUGGGCAGAGGAGGUGGAGGAGGUAAACCCUACGUAGGAGGCGGAGGAAGAGGUGGACGAGGACGGAGAGGGGGCGGAGCUUCGUUCGCUUCAGGCACCAACUCAGAGGCGUCCAACGCUUCAGAGACCGAGUCGGAUCACAGAGAGGAGCUCUGUGAUUGGUCGCUGGCCCCCACCGAGGAUCUGAUGACAGGAGGCGGGACCCUGCCCAGACGGACGGAUGGGAGAAAGAGAGGAGGCGGCGGAGGGCCGAGGGGACGAGGAGGGAGAGGAAGAGGAGGAGGAGGAUAUAAAGGUUUAGGUGACGACCUGCAGUGGAGCGACUCACGACCUCGUCAUGUCAGAGAUCUCAAGACAAGAGGACAGGAGGAAACCUUACAGAUCCGUGUGGAUGGAAACAACGAGCGAAGCGUGCAGCACUCGUCAGGAGGCCGAGGAGGAGGAGGGGUAGGGUCUUCCUCAUCCCAGAGCGGCAUCGGCGCUGGCGGCGAGGGUCAGCCCCGCCAUCACCAUCAGAGACCCAUGAGAGAACGAGGGAUGAAGAAAGACAAACAGGACGCUCCUGCGCUGGUGAACGGAGUGUCGUAGAUGCACCACCGGAGGACGCUGUCUCUUAGAGACAUACACACAUUCAUAAACACACACACACACACACACACUGGCAAGUUGUCAUAGACCAUCAUAGUCUCUCAGUCUGGCUUUUUUUCUUUCUGUCUGUCAAACACAAGAAAACACAUUUCCAUCAGCCUGGUGAAGUCUUGGACCAGAGGGGGUCUGGUAUCUGCUGGUCGGGUUUUUAUUGACUGGUGUUGUCUCUCCUGUUCUUUGGAGUAAAAGAAGCUGUACCUUUUUAUUUUAUUUUUUCUGGACAAAAUGAAAAAGAAGAGGAGAAAUCUGACGAAAUCUCUUCUCUCACAGAAACCCCUUUCAUUCGUUUUAUUCUUUCUACCGCUUAGUCAUACGAGGAAAAACGGAAAUAAGGCAAACAAAUCAAGGAAAUCUUCAGCUGAAUCGAUGAAUUUUAGCCGCUUGAAAAGACCUUUCUUCCGCAGUGAUGCACAGGUGAUAUUUUUACUCAGCGCGGAUUUGUGGAGGUGAUCUGAAAGCACAGUUUUGGGAGGUCUCUUCAGGGUUUUCCACAGGUAAAAACAAAUAUUUUUGGUGGUCUAAAACUGCAGAAUCCAACAUUUCAUAGUGAGCAAGACAACACUAGAUCAAUAACUGUUCUAACAAAAACCAAAACAUGAAAUCUUUGUAACAAGGGACAGAAAUGGGUUAGGGUCACCCACAUAAUGUGUGGCGGCAGGAAAAUGUUUGCAGAGGGCACUUUAUGUUUUUUUUAUUAUCUGAAAGUCUAAAGUAUCCUUGUUUCAAAGUGAGAUGCAAACAGAUGUGCACAAGCUCUUAAAACGAGCUCAAACAUGCUAAUAUUUGAUCACCUCAGUUUUGUUUCAUGUUUCUUUAAAUAUUGUAAAGUUUCUUCGGUUUUCUGACCAGUUCAGAAACCGGCUAUGAGACGUACAAAUGGAGACGCAUAAAUCUGAGGCACCUUGAUGCAAAUGAACCGUAUGACAGCAAACCAGAACUUCCCAAGAGUUAAAAUGUCGGUAAUCGCUGCCCUUUUGUGAACUAAAUUGCAAUAUGAGCUGGUCACUGAUUAAAAGCAGAAUCGUGACUCAGUCCUGCAAUAUUGAGAGUUGAAGCUGUGACGUCCUCAGAUGUCUUUAACCACAUUGGACUCUUCACAGGGCGAGUUACUAAAGAGCUGUCAGCUGGAGGCUUUAAACUAGAUUCACUCUGCUUCAUUUACUGUUGCUUGAAUGGACGCCGGUGGAGUUAGUGCAGUAACUUUUGCUUUCAGACGGACCUGUCACCUGAUCAUCUGACUUCUUUCUUAAUUUAUGAAAGUCAAGUUAACUGUGUUUUCCAAUUGGAAAACUUUCAAGUAUAACUGUAGAGGAAGUAACGGAUUGUCUUUAUACCUGAAACAAUAAAAAAUUUGGUCAAAGUUUUACUCAUUCUGCUUUUUCAGCUUAUUUUUCCACUAUGAUAAAUAAAUAUUCAUCUUUUUGCUGCAUGUUGUAAAUGUAAGAGAACAGGGAAGGUCUGAAAUCUGAGUUGGGACAGAGUCAUUAUGUGCCUGUGAUUUUCUUUAAGUUACUUGGUUACCUCUUGGUCACUGUGAGGCUUCUUUGUUUGUGCCUUAGAUUUAUGUUCCUCCAUUAAUUAGGAUCAUUUUUAAGAAAAUGUACACAACAUAAGACCACAUUGUUAGAUAAACAUAGAUAGUGUGACCCUCUUUAUGUUUGUUUUUAUUCAUCUGGAGAGGUUAUGUCUACAAAUUCUGCUUCUGAAUUUUGUCAGACAAAGGAACAAGUCAGCUUGACUUUAAACCCAUUUUGAGGUCUUUUAACCUUUUUUUUUUUAUAUAUUCACUGACUAAAUGUUAUGCAUGGGAGAUCACUGUAAAAAAAAAAAAAGAAAAAAAGACAGGUUUAAAGUCAAAUUUAGGUGGCGGGACGAUGAUGUACAUUGUCACAUGACCCAUUAGUCCUAUAAUGGAGAUAUGUUAGAGUAGGAGGUAUUUGUGGAUUUAUGAUGAAAAAGAUUCAUUAUAGGACUACUCUUAGCUAACAGUCACUGUACAACAAAAGAAAGACUAUUAAGGUUUCCCUGUGCGCUUUAAGUCUUAUUAUUUUACCAAAAAAAUAAAAACAAAACUGCAGCACUUUAAAAUACCUGUCACUGUUAUAGAUUUGCUGGCUAGCAUUCUGGAAGCACAUGCUAGCUGUUACAGCGCUGCUGUGACCAAGUUCUUCACAGGUUUCAUUUAUUCAUAAGUAAUGUUAGUUAAACAAUGCUGUUUUCCUCAGAUAAACAGGUUACUUUUGAGGGAAAAAAUAGGUGGUUUCUAAAAGUUUAAAAGACGUUUUUAAGGCCAGUGAUACUGUCAGUGAGUGGUCAGCUAAGUUAAAGACUGACUUGCUAGCCUGCAUUAGCAUACAAGAGUAAUUUUUCUCAAAUGAAUUUAUUUUUGGGUAAUUUCGUGGCGUUUAUAAGCUUAAAAGGAAACUUUUUAAAGACCAAGGAUGUGAGACUUGUAGAAGGUGCUUAGCUUAGAUUUGUUAGCCUGCGUUAGCAUACAAAAUUUGGUCAUUUUGUGGGCUGUAAGAAGUAAAAGAAGCUGUUUCAAGGCUAAAAAUGUGAUCCUAGCAGGAAGUGUUUAGCUUAGCUAAAGACUACAAUUUGUUAGCCUACAAUGGCUUACAAGCAAGAUUUUUCUCUAUCUGUUCAUGGAGAUUGUGGUGAGUUUCAGAAAGGUUAAAAAGCAGUUUAAGGCCAAGGACACAUCCUUAGUUUAGCUUCAUACUUAAAUUUGUUAGCUUGCAUUAGCAUUCAAGUGUAAUUUCUCUCAUUGAUUAUUUUAUUAUGCGGUAGUUUUGCAAUUUCUAAAGGUUUUUAAAGAAGCUGUUUUAACAAAAUGCUUAGUUUAGCUUAAGACUGCAAUUUGAUAGCAUGCAUUUGUCCAAAAAUAACACCAAACUGAAAAAAAAAUAGCAUGAGACCCAAUUUUUGAGCAGUCACACGUGGACACAUGAAAUUGCUUUUUUUUUUUUUUUUUUUAAAGUUACAAUUUGAUCUGCACUCUUGUAUUGAGUAACUC